GCAAGCUCCACUUCUUCACCAACGCGCGACAAUGUCGCGAAGGCCGUACUAUGGCAGAUUCUCACGCCCACCGUCUGAGGUUCCAGCUGUAGACGACGAGGUAGCAGAGGAGAAGGCUUUGAGGCGCCCUGCUAAUGUCUACGAUGCAGUUGCAGGUAAUUGCACCUCGAAAGGUCUGUGAAUAUGUGGUUAACAACGGCGAAGGGCGUGUCACGCAAGCAGGCUUGGUCGGCAAUGUCAGAGAUGUGAAGAGCUCCCGACAGCCUCUCCGACCAGAUGAGGUCCUCUUCAAGCAGGCUAACGCGCCGGUGCGGUACGAAGAGACUGAUUACUACAACGCGCAUACCCGUUUGCCAGGGGACCAGCGGCUACCAGACGGCGAGCUACUGGCUGCGAUUCAUGCGUAUGUAUCAAAGCUAUAUUCGCGAACGACAGAAGGCGACAGCCAACCUGCUUGGAAAUGCAUGGAUGAGACUGCGCUGAUUGCUUUUGGCAUUCUUAUGGAAGAGACUGCGAGAGAAGUUCUUGGCGAGACAGGCGACUUUGCCUUCGUUGAAGCUGCAGAUGAGGAAGAGGAGAGGAUCUUUGGCCAAGGGAGUGAAGAUGAAAAGAACGACACGGGGAGCUUCAUAUCGAGAGACGUCUCACAAGAAGCAUCAGCCGAGGCGGACUCUGAGUCUUCCAGUGAUUAUUCGCGAGUUUCCACAGAAGACUCGGACUGAAAAGCCCGCACAUUUGACGGAGCUAAAGAUGCUUGCAUGGGCAUUACAGGAAACGGUGGAACGACGAGAUCAGUGCCAGAUUGAGUGCGGGUGCACCACGCUGCAAAAAAGACUGCCCGGAACGAUUCGAAGAUGUCAGACGUGUAUGGGGCGUUCCAGAUGCAUAUUCUUGGGUCAUUCUG